UAUUCUUUAAAUAAAGGCCCACUGGACCAACUUUUUUUUUUUAACACCGGCCCAUCAAUCUUCAAAGCCUUUCUUCUUUAGCCAGCCCUAAUCCUCCUUCAAAUUCUUCCUUCACAUUUUCUUCAUAUCAAAUACACACAAAUCUUUCUCUUUCUUCAGCUCAAACGCACAUCCCUCAAGUGCUUAAUUGAAGCAGAAAGAAUCCAUCUUUAAGCUUCUAGAAUCCGGCAACGCUCUGCCGCUCCUUCUAUUUAUGUAGACGCGUCCGUGUAUAGAAUACACGACAUCAGAUUUACAAUUCUUUCCCAACCCGAUCGAUGGCUAACCUUCCGAUCGUCCAAUUUGAAGACAAGAUCUUAGAUACAGUUGAGAAACACCCAGUUGUAGUUAUCAUAGGACAGACUGGUUCCGGAAAAAGCACCCAACUCUCCCAGAUGCUCCACAGAAAAGGCUACUCCAAAUCCGGCAUCAUCGCCGUAACUCAGCCUCGACGAGUCGCAGCAGUGUCUGUCUCAAGACGGGUUGCUCAGGAAAUGGAUGUACCACUUGGAGAAGAAGUAGGAUACGCUAUACGAUUUGAAGACAGAACUUCAGAGAAAACAACUAUAAAGUACCUCACUGAUGGAGUCCUUCUCCGUGAAAGCCUCUCUAACCCUGAACUCAAUCAAUAUUCCGUCAUCAUCUUAGAUGAAGCUCACGAAAGAAGUCUUAACACUGAUAUAUUAAUGGGUUUGAUGAAGAGGUUGAUUAAACUACGGUCAUCUAAUCUAAAGGUUUUAAUCACAUCAGCUACCCUCGACGGUGAAAAAGUGUCGAGAUUCUUCUCAAAUUGCCCUGUAUUGAAUGUCCCAGGUAAAUUAUUCCCUGUAAAUAUCCUAUACACCCCAGAAAAGCCAUUAAGUUAUCUUGAAUCCGCCUUGGAAACUGCCAUGGCUAUACAUGUUAAAGAGGCAAAAGGAGAUGUAUUAAUAUUCAUGACUGGACAGGAUGAUAUUGAGAAACUAGUUAAGAAGUUGGAAGAAAGAGUCCAAAGUCUUGAAGAAGGUUCAUGUAUGGAUGCUAUUAUCCUUCCCCUUCAUGGUUCCUUGCCACCUCAAAUGCAGGUGCGUGUAUUCAAUCCUCCACCUGAAAACUGUAGACGGUUUAUUGUCGCCACAAAUAUAGCUGAAACUUCUUUGACUGUUGACGGUGUUGUGUUCGUAAUUGAUUCUGGUUAUGUUAAGCAAAGGCAAUAUAACCCCUCUUCCGGCAUGUAUUCACUUGAUAUUGUUCAAAUUAGUAAAGUACAGGCAGACCAACGAGCAGGACGAGCUGGAAGAACCGGUCCCGGAAAAUGCCAUCGAUUAUACCCUUCCAGAUACUACAACGAAGAAUUCAUAGAUGCGACAAUCCCCGAGAUUCAGCGAUCUUCUCUCGCUGGAACUGUACUUUACUUAAAAUCCCUUGACCUUCCAGAUAUCGAUAUUCUCAAAUUCGAUUUUCUUGACCCCCCUUCAUCUGAUUCUUUAGAGGAUGCCUUAAAGCAGCUAUAUCUUAUCGAUGCUAUAGAGGAUGAUGGAACAAUUACAAGUAUUGGUCGAACAAUGGCUGAGCUUCCAUUGGAGCCGUCGCUCUCCAGGACUUUGUUAGAGGCGAAUAAUUACGGUUGCUUAUCACAAGCAUUGUCGGUUGCUGCUAUGCUUUCGGCUGAAACAUCGUUAUUUCCUGGAAAAAGCAAGAAGAGGAAGGAUCGUGAUCAAGAUCAUGAUCAUCAUGAUCCAGUGCUUCCUAAUGGGUCUGGUUUUGGAGACCAUAUUCAACUGUUACAGAUCUAUGAUUUAUGGGAUGAGCAUGAUUUUGAUGUGAAGUGGUGUAAAGAUAACAAUUUACAAGUAAGAGGAAUGUUGUUUGUUAAGGAUGUUAGGAAGCAACUAUCUCAAAUAAUGCAGAAGAUGGAAAGAAAGGAGAGACGGGGAAGGAAAGAAAGAGAUUUCGAUUUGUACACGAAACUGAGGAAAGCUUUAUGCGUUGGAUAUGCGAAUCAGCUUGCUGAAAGGAUGAUUCGUCAUAAUGGAUAUAAAACUAUGGGUUUUAAGUCUCAGCUUGUUCAGGUUCAUCCGUCGUCUGUAUUGGAAGCGGAUGAAGAGGGGAUGUUUCCAAAUUAUGUUGUGUAUCACGAACUCAUAGCGACCACACGUCCUUUCUUGAGGAAUGUUUGCGCGGUUGAGAUGGAAUGGGUUAGGCCGAUCUUGAGUAAGCUUGAGAAAGUAGAUGUUAAGAAGCUGAGUGGAGGAUCUCAUCAGCCAGCAGCUGAAGAAGCGAAGGAAAGUUUGUUGCCAGGAAAAGAUGAAGCCAUCAUUAUUGCUAAGCCUGCUGCUGCUGAUGAUGACCCUCAGAGUAGAAUACAAGCUGCGAAGGAUCGAUUUCUUGCUCGUAAAGGAAAGAAAUGAAAGGAGUUUGUUUAUCAUCAGGAGACUGUCUUGUUAGGUAAUAGGUUAGCUAGUCCUUGUGUGGUGUGUCUUUGGAUUGUAGACUCUUGAUGUUUAUUAAUUAAGGGUGUUGAAAAGAUUUAGAAAAUGUGAUAAUUGUUUUUGAA